AGGUAAUUUUUGACCAGGCACCAAGGCAUCAAGGUCCACAACCUGCACACAUCCCAAAUUCCAAGAGGAGUUGUUAAUUAGUAGCGACAACACAUAAUCCGCCCGCGCAACCGACCGUCACAAUGAGAACUUACGACGAUACCUUCAGCGGGCAGAAGAUCUACCCUGGCAAGGGUAAGCUGUACGUUCGUGGCGACAGCAAGAUCUUCCGAUUCCAGAAUGGCAAGACCGAGUCAUUGUUCCUCCAGCGCAAGAACCCUCGGCGAAUUGCGUGGACUGUCCUGUACAGGAGACAGCACAAGAAGGGUAUUUCUGAGGAAGUUGCCAAGAAGCGCACCCGACGCACAGUCAAGCACCAGCGUGCGGUCGUGGGUGCCUCCCUAGACGUCAUCAAGGAGCGUCGUUCUCAGCGCCCAGAAGCCCGCAAAGCUGCCCGUGAAGCCGCAUUGAAGGACGCCAAGGAGAAGAAGAAGGAAGCGGAAAAGGAGAAGAAGAAGAACAAGGCAGCCAAGAUCGCUGUUGCUGGUGGACGAAUUCAGAGCAAGCAGGGUGCGAAGGGUGCGCAGCAGAAGGUUCAGGCCAAUACGCGUUAGUCAAUGAACAGUGGUUGAUGUGAUGCGGGGAGUGAUAAAUGCAUGUGUGUGCGGACAUGGCGUUCGAAUACCGGACUUUGAUAUGGACGGGGAGCACCAGCUCUCAUUUGUGUGGCUCUUUUCACGGGCCUUAUAUUAUGCAUGGCAAAGGCAAAAAUCCCUUGUGAGGGUAGACAUCAACUGACAUGUGACGUCCUCUCGACGCUUGCAACCGUUCUAUCUUUCUCCCCAUGUCAAAAGAUUGUAUAGAGAAUUGCGAGUGGGAAGUGAGGGCACAGUAUGCGCAGGUCAAGCCGCAUCAUCGUAUUUAUCAUCAGGACCUAUUUGCGCCCAAGCUCUGGAAAAUCUUAUUUCAUCAACAGGCUGA